AUGGGUUUAUUUAGUGGUAGAAAACAUGGUGGUUUAUUCACUUUCAACAGAGAUGAUGGUUAUUUAGAAGCCAUCUUAAGAGAUUAUAACAAUUUAUGCCAAUGCGAUACAUUAGAAGAUAUGAAAAUGCACUUCUUAUCAACUGAUUAUGGAGAUUUCUUAGCAGGUGAACCAUCACCAAUUCAUACAACCACUAUUGCUGAAAAAGCAACUCAAAAAUUAGUUAACGAAUUCAAUCAUAUUAGAAAUCAAGCUGUAGAACCACUUUCAACUUUUAUGGAUUUCAUUUCAUAUGGUUAUAUGAUUGAUAAUGUUGUUUUACUUAUUACUGGUACCCUUCAUGAAAGAGAUAUCUCUGAAUUAGUCGAUAAAUGUCAUCCACUUGGUUUAUUCAAAUCAAUGGCCACUCUUUCCGUUGUUCACAAUGUUGCUGAUCUUUAUAACAAUGUUUUAAUUGAUACUCCAUUAGCUCCAUACAUUCAAAAUUGUUUAUCAGAAGAAGAUUUAGAUGAAAUGAAUAUUGAAAUUAUUAGAAAUACCUUAUAUAAAGCUUAUUUAGAAGAUUUUUACAAUUACUGCAAAUUCCUUGGUGGUCAAACCGAAUUAAUUAUGAACGAUAUUUUACAAUUCGAAGCUGAUCGUCGUUCAAUUAACAUUACUAUUAACAGUUUUGGUGCCACCGAACUUACUAAAGAUGACCGUGAAAAACUUUACCCACAACUUGGUCUUCUUUUCCCAGAAGGAACAUCAAAACUUAGCAAAGCUGAAGACGUUGAUCAAGUCAGAGGUAUUCUUGAAGUCUACUCAACUUAUCGUAGUUUCUUUGCCGAUGGUGUCAACAAUGAAAAAUCACUCGAAGAUUCAUUCUUUGAACACGAAGUCCACUUAAAUCGUAUGGCCUUUGAAGAUCAAUAUGGUUACGGUGUUUUCUAUGCAUACAUUAAAUUAAGAGAACAAGAAAUUAGAAAUAUAGUUUGGAUUGCCGAAUGUAUUAGUCAAAAUAUGAAACAAAAAAUGAAUCAAUAUAUUCCAAUCUUUUAAUCAAUCUUUUUUUUUAAUUUAAAGUAAUAAUAAUAAUCAUAAUAAAAAAAAAAUUUAAAAAAAAAAAUAAAAAAAUAAUAAAAUUUUAUUAAAUAUAUAAUAUAAAACU